AUGAUAGGGCAGUAUAGCAUUGAAGCCCCCGAUAUCACAGAGUGCAACAUGCGUUGGGUCGGUCGGCAUGUCCGCAACAUGACCGUCGUGAACGGUACCUUCAACCUCGGUAUCAUUCAAGACCAUGAGCUCUCCGGUAUCCCCAAGUCAUAUGGCGAAGAGAUACAGUGGGCCUCUUUCAACCUUUCAGAUGAGACUACAACGCUCACGGGUAACACGACUUUCAGCAUCAACGCAGGCGACAACAAGGGUAUCAAGACAUUUCUCUCCGACGUUUUCUCCUCUUCGCUACGCGACGCAUACGGUCUCGCUCUGUACAACUCCACAAACCUUACGCAAACUGUGGAGGCUAUCAGCACUUCCAUGACGUACGCUUUCAAUACGGGAAUUAGCAGCAUCAAACUCCCUGGUAGAACAAUCACGACGGAGCAAUACAUAAAAGUCCACUGGGCCUGGAUAAGCGUACCAGUUGUUGAAGUCAUCAUGGGCAUUGCGUUCUUCGUAGCUACGCUCGUACAUACAUGGAGGAGGGGCGUAGUGGCCUGGAAGAGCUCUGCCAUCGUACCGUUAUUCACGCACAUUGAAGGAUGGCAUCCCGAAGAAAGUCGAAUAGGCAGUGCACGAGAGGUAGAGAAGAGGGCUAAAGAGAUGAGGGGUUUGCUAGAGAGAGAUGAAGACGGUGGUCAGAGGUUCAGACGCAUAGAUGCAUGA